AUGGAAAUGGGACUUACCCCAAUUGUAUGCAUUGCUCAAGAUUAUAUUCAAGGAAAACCAGUGGAUGAUCUACGAUUAUGUAAAGUCAUACUUGAACUAACUGACAAUAAAACCGAACAUCUUCCAGGGUAUCUGCCUCUCGUACCAGGAAUGCCAGUUUUACUCACAGAAAACAUCGCUACCGAACUGGGACUCUCCAACGGUACACGUGGAAUCUUUCGUCAACUUGUAUACGAUGAAUCACCAGAAGAUGUUCGAUACCAGGAUAAGAAUUUUCCACCAAAUACCAAGUUUAUAACUCAACCAAAUGAAAAAACAUUCUUGUUCGACGCCAAAGAACUUCUUCCAGAAAAUGUAGCAAAAGCAGCCAAAAUAAAUAAGAAAACAACAAAACUCACCGUCAAACGUAAAGCACUUCCGCUUAUACCCGCAUACAGCAUGACAACACAUAAAAGCCAAGGCCAAACACUCGGUAAAAUUAUCGUCGAUCUGGUGAUGCCGCCUGGUCCAAUUGAACUCGCAUCGGUUUAUGUUCCAUUAUCUCGUGUAAAGAGACUUGACGAUUUACUAAUCAUACGUCCAUUCGAAUUUGGAACACUUCAAGUUAAACCAUCAACGGCCCAAAUAGAAGAAUUUAAAAGAUUAGAUAAAAUAGCACAAAGUACUCGGAAACGUUUUCAAUUCAUUGUUUAA